GCUAUGGCGCACAGAGACACAAUGUUGUAGCGUGAAGGGUCAUUUCCAGGACCCGCACAUCCUGAUACAGCUACAGGGAGUGCACUUUAUAGUGCUGGAGCAGUGAAUCAAUUAACCCUCUCUGUCUCUUUUCCAGCCAAACCCCCCACCCACUCACUUCUCUGCUUUUCAAACACUGGAGCUGAAUAUGCUGGAAUGAGUCGAUCAACGAACAAGGGUAGCAGCAAACUGUGAGCUUUGCUUAUGAACAAAGAGAGAACUGCAUACAGACUCUGAUCACCUAAGUGGAAUCAACAAAGAAUGGAAGAGAAAGGACAGCAAAAGAGAAUACAACCUUAUUUCUAUCCUUUUUCACAUGUGGUGAGAAUUAUUCUUCAUUUCAGAGUUGGAGAAAAUACCGGGGUGAGAAGAAAUACAGUUUUCCCAAAACAGAAAUUCUUAAUCUUGUUGACAGAAGAAAUGUGCUAAACAAAAGCAUGCAAAGAGACAAGCUUCAGAAAUAUUUUAAAAGUCAAAAGCAAAUGAACAACUUGUUUUCCAGAAAGUAGUGAAAAAUCUCAACAUUCACCAAGUGACCAAAAAGAAAAUUACAAAGGAUCUUCCUGGAUGCAAAGUGAACUCUACCAAAAUGCACGAGAAAGAGGUAAGGCUUUCUUCACCUGAAAACUGCAACACAUCAAAUCUUCUCAGUAACUGAGCAUUUGAUCAGCUUAAUGCCGGGACAGCUGUUUGAGUCUCUGCUUGAAGUGGGAAAUGCAAGCAUUAAGUCUUUAGCAGAGUUGACAGAGAAAGAAAGAGAGAGAGAACAGGCUGUGCUUACUAAAAGCAUUGCUCAGAUUACAAAAACAAGCGUUUUACUCACUACUACCCCUUCAAGUAAUGGGUAAAUUUAGAUGUCUCAGUUCGAUAAAUCUCUACAGUCCCCUUGAGACUGUCACCAGUGUUUUAUUGUCUGCAGCUUCCUGACCCUCACCUGACAAAUUAGGAAGUGCUGAGAUUAAAACGGAAACCUCAUACAUAAUUUCUGAAGAUAUUUUUGGGGUUACCCUCUGUGGAGAAAUAGGAUUCUUAAUAAGGGGAAAUAUGGGAACUGCUGUCUGCCUACGCACACACUGCUGGAGACUAGACACUCGGGAGAGGAGGAGUUGCACAUACACAACUCGAGCAUCUGCCUCUGCAUCAGUUUGUACUCAGAAGGAGCAAAUCUACAUAGACUGUACCUAAAGGGAAUCGUUUGGCAUUCAGAUUUGUCUAUCACUCUUUACUGCUGUAGCAAAAAAAAAUAAAAGGAAGCUAAUGCACUGCUUAUUUUUGACAGCUACUGAUUUUUUUCUUAUAAUCUUCUGAAAUCUGAACGUCGCUAUAAAGAGGAGACCAGACCACUGAACCCUACCAACCAGAGAUGGACACAAGACAGGACUUUCAUUUUUAAAACUAUUUUGCGCCCAGCAAGGCACAGGAUAAAAAAAUUGGAUACCAGCUCGGACAUGGUUACAGUAUCUCAAAAUAGCAGAUGACCAGUUCACUAUACUGACCAUGCUGGCCUUUCUUCAGGACCAUUCUGGACCAGAGAGGAACAGAGAACUCUUACGCCGUACGCAACUCCUGUGCAAAACACAGCUCCUGAAUACAUUCCGCUGCACACAAAAAUGUCCCAUCCUUUACAGUCCUUGAACGGGUCUGGAGCUGGCAAUGGAUCUUUGUCGCCUCUCUCAGUAACAGGAGCACCCAAGCAGGACUACCCAAGUGAGGAACAAGGAAGCAAAGUGCACUGGGCAGCAUUGCUGAUCCUCCUGGUGAUAAUCCCCACCAUUGGUGGGAACAUACUUGUCAUUCUGGCGGUGUCCCUGGAGAAAAAGUUGCAAUAUGCUACCAACUACUUUCUGACAUCCUUGGCGGUGGCAGAUUUGCUCGUGGGUCUGUUUGUGAUGCCAAUUGCCCUUCUCAUAAUAUUAUUUGACAAUACCUGGCCUUUACCAACUGCCUUGUGUCCUAUGUGGCUGUUCCUUGAUGUCCUCUUUUCCACAGCUUCCAUCAUGCACCUCUGUGCCAUCUCACUAGACCGCUACAUUGCGAUAAAAAAGCCAAUCCAGGCCAGUCAGUACAAUUCAUGGGCUACAACAAUCAUCAAAAUCAUCGUGGUUUGGCUCAUUUCAAUAGGCAUUGCAAUUCCGAUCCCUAUCAGAGGCAUUGAGGAUGGAAAUGGCAACUCUAAAAACAUCACGUGUGCACUGAUGCCUGAUCGUUUUCAUGACUUCAUUCUGUACGGAUCAGUGGCUUCCUUCUUCAUUCCCCUCGCUAUCAUGAUCGUCACUUAUUUCCUGACAAUCCAAGUGCUGCGCAAAAAGGCCUAUUUGAUCAACAAGCCGCCCCAGCGCUUCACCUGGUCAACAGUGUCCACAGUCUUUCAGCGUGACACAACACCUGCCUCCUCACCAGAAAAGGUGGCCAUGCUAAAUGGCUCCAGAAAGGACCAGACUUUGUCCAGUGACAUGCCUAUCUGCAGGACAUCCACCAUCGGGAGGAAGUCCAUGCAAACGAUAACCAAUGAACAAAGGGCGUCAAAAGUUCUGGGGAUUGUAUUUUUUCUUUUCUUGUUGAUGUGGUGCCCAUUCUUCAUAACAAACAUCAGCUCAGUUCUGUGCAACUCCUGCAACCAGGAGGUUUUUCAAAAGCUUUUGGAGAUAUUUGUUUGGAUAGGGUAUGUAUCCUCAGGAGUGAACCCUCUUGUAUAUACACUCUUCAACAAAACAUUUAGGGAGGCUUUCAGCAGGUACAUCACUUGCAACUAUCAGACCACAAAGCGUAUCAAGGCCCUUCGGCAGCGCUCCAGCAGGAUCUCCUUCAGAAGCUCUGUGGCAGAAAAUUCCAAGCUCUUUGUCAUGAAUGGGAUGAGAAAUGGGAUUAACCCCAUUAUGUACCAGAGCCCAAUGAGGCUGAGGAGCUCACCCAUCCAAGCAUCAUCGGCCGUUCUGCUGGAUACGUUGCUGCUCACCGAGAACGAGGUUGAUAAAACAGAAGAACAAGUCAGCUAUGUAUAGUGGAAUGGCAGCCAUGUCCAUACAGCAUUACUGUAUGUAUUAUUCCAGAUAACUGUGCUGUAAGAGGGUAUAAAUACUGUUGUUUUCUGUUAUUUAAGCAAGCAAUAUCUUAUAAAUUUAUAUUAAUUCCUCUCCUUCAAAGUCUCCUCUACUUUAACCCCAACCCCAUGGUGGCACACAACUUCAUUCCAUGACAAAUGACUCGUGCAGAACUGUAGCCUAAGGAAGAGGGAAAUAAAUAAAAGCUAAAUCAGUUUAA